AUGUCGAUCUAUCCUGAGAUUGACGACGGCGACGACAGCUUGCCGUUGAACGCGCAGUUGAGCGACCAGUUGAGCGAAUCAGACCUUUCCUUCUUCGAUGGCCCGGAAGAUUAUUCUCAAGAUAACAAUCCAAGAUUCCCCGCUGAGGCUACUGAGACUCUUGAAGCAGCCAUCUUGAGGCUCACGGGCGGGAGACCGCGUGCCACUGUCAACGGAGCUUCCGGCAAUGCCAGAGAACCAUUCCAAUCCUCGCUCGUCGAUCCUGCUCUUGAAGCUGCACCCACAAUGGACGAAGCUAGUGAUUCUUUCGGAGCGAUGGCCCCUCCCCGUCCUCUCGUUUUCGACACCUCAGCUUCUGCCAUAACUGCACCUGUCCCAGCUCAAACACGACCACCAGUCUACACGUCUCGAGCCCCCAGAGGAGCCGACGUGCCAAUCCCGGACAAGAAACUUUCUCGCGUCGCCGACGUUGCAGAUCCACCAUGCUGCCCACUGUGCUUCCACAUGUACACGAAUGCCACAGGAGUCAAAUAUCAUCUCAAGCAGUUCCACAACAAAAGUACCACGGAGAUCAACGCAAACCCAGACUUUCAACACCCAAAGACGCUCGGCUACUUCAAGGCCCAGGGCAUCAAUACCGACUACACCGGCACAGUACGCAAGCAGGUCAACGCCCGUCGCCGCUGGGAGGCUGGUUUGACCUCUGACACCCAGGAGUAUUUCAACGAUGUCUACAAGGGCGCGCCUGCUGUUCGGACUGCUCGCAACCGAGCUGCAAAGAGAGAUGCGAAGAAUGCAUAG